UUCAGACAGGCUCAGACCAUGGCCUUUGCUAUUGAUGAGAUCAACAGAAACUCCAACCUGCUGCCUAAUGUGACUCUGGGAUACAGUCUGUAUGAUAACUGCAACCUACUAGGAACUGCAUUUCGUGCAGCAAUGACCUUAGUCAGUGGUAAAGAAGAGCAAGUUACUUUAGAGCAGAACUGUGUAGGAACUCCUCCAGUCCUAGGGAUUGUAGGAGAUGCUUCCUCGACUCGUUCUAUUGCAAUAUCCCCAGUCUUAGGUUCGUACAGAGUGCCACUGGUGAGUUAUUUUGCCACAUGUUCCUGUCUGAGUGAUCGACAAAAGUUUCCAUCUUUCUUUAGGACGAUCCCGAGUGAUGCUUUUCAGGUGAAUGCUAUGAUUCAGAUUCUAAAACACUUUGGUUGGACUUGGACAGGUCUGCUCAUCAAUGAUAAUGAUUAUGGAUUCCACGCUGCCCGAUUGUUUCACUCUGAUCUGGGUCCAGCUGGUGGAGGUUGUCUGGCUUACACAGAGAUUUUGCCCCGCGUUUACGACCCUGCUGAACUAAAGAGAAUAGUGGAUGUAAUAAGGAAAUCUACAGCUCGAGUGGUGAUUGUGUUUGCAAGUCAGCGUCGCAUACUCAACCUCAUGAAAGAGUGCAGUGAGAGUUGUCCUCCAGGUACCCGCAUGGCCAGAAAGAAGGGGGAACCUGAGUGUUGUUUUGACUGUGUCCCUUGUUCUGAGGGAAAGAUCAGCAAUACAACUGACUCCAUGGAGUGCACCAGUUGUCCAGAAGAUUUCUGGUCCAGCCCCCAGCGUGACCACUGUGUUCCUAAGAAAACGGUGUUCCUCUCCUACCAUGAGCCUCUGGGUAUCUGCUUGACAAGCACCUCACUGUUGGGCACAUGUAUCUGCGUUGUUGUUCUGGGCAUCUUCAUCCAUCAUCACAGCACACCUAUAGUUCGUGCCAACAAUUCAGAACUCAGUUUCCUUCUCUUGGUGUCACUUAAGUUCUGUUUCCUCUGCUCUUUGCUCUUCAUUGGACGACCCAGAUUAUGGACUUGCCAACUAAGACAUGCAGCAUUUGGCAUCAGCUUUGUGCUUUGUGUCUCAUGUAUCCUGGUGAAAACCGUGGUGGUUCUUGCUGUGUUCAAGGCCUCCAAACCAGGAGGUGAGUCCAGUCUCAAGUGGUUUGGUGCUGUGCAGCAGAGAGGGACAGUUCUGGUUCUGACUUCUGUUCAAGCAGCAAUCUGCACUGUCUGGCUUGUCUCUGCUUCACCAGUGCCUCAUAAAAACACCCAGUAUCACAGUGACAAGAUAGUUUAUGAGUGUGCAGUUGGGUCCACAGUUGGGUUUGCAGUUUUACUUGGUUAUAUUGGUUUACUGGCUGUCCUCAGUUGUUUGUUAGCUUUUCUAGCAAGGAAUCUUCCAGACAGUUUCAAUGAGGCCAAACUCAUUACUUUCAGCAUGUUGAUCUUCUGUGCAGUGUGGGUGGCCUUUGUCCCUGCGUACAUCAGCUCACCAGGCAACUAUGCAGAUGCAGUGGAGGUAUUUGCCAUCCUAGCUUCCAGUUUUGGCCUCUUGGUGGCGCUGUUUGGACCCAAAUGUUACAUAAUCCUGUUGAGACCAGAAAGAAACACAAAGAAAGCCAUCAUGGGUCGAGGCACUGACACUUAAAACCAGCAAAAUGAAAAUGUUGUUUUCAUAUAAUAAUAAUUCAGGUGUAGAAUCUGUUAAUUAUGAUAAUGUUAUGUGAAAAGUAUGAACCUAAAUAUCCACAAUAAUUUUUAGUGAUGUACAGUUUGUAGUGAGCAGAGAGCGAUACACUUAACACAUGUACAGAUAUUUUAGGCUCAACAUAACGUGUAUUUUCAAUCUAUGACAAAGUACAAAAGAGAGUCCACAAUUUUUAAUCUUAAUAUGAAUUCUAUUAACCCUAAAGCUUUUCUAUUGUGUGUGCAGUAAUGAUACAUACAGGUGCGGUGGGUGAAGACAACUAUUGUCCUUGGUUUGAAUGCUGAUAGAGAUUAUUGUGCCAAUGCCUCAAUAAAGUAAUUGUUCUUAUUUAUCAA